AGGGGCAGAGACGGGUAAGUUUAGGGAUAUGUAAAGUGGGGGGAGUUAGAUCUAGAUCCAACCCCGCCCCCUAGAGCUCAUGUUCUGCAGUGAGGACCAUCUCGUUUCACUCGGAUAUACUAUUCCGUACUGUCUCCUCUCUUGUUAACCUGAAGGCCAGAUGCAGGUCAGCAUUUUCAGUAUUUGUUAACAUUCAUCUUUAGCCUCGGGGCGAGUCAGAGAACAUUCACGCGUGUCUUUGCAGGCUUGACCUGUCAGAGCUGGACACAUCUGCUGCUGUCACGAAGCUCUGGGGCAGAUGAAUCUGUGAAACCAAAACACCCAGAUGGCCACGAGAGAGAGAAAAGUGCUCUGUCACAUGCAGAAGAAUGUUCGGAAAACUCGCGAUCUGUGACGUCGCCGUAGAGUGGAAUGAGCGUUACUAGGAGACCGAGAGAGAAUCAGAAGCUCCAGCUGAUCUAGAAUCCAUCAGGAUCCAGAAGCACUAUGGGAACAUUCGGCUCUGCUGCGGUUUGCCUGGAUGAGGAAGAGGGCGAGGAAGAGGAGAAGAGGCGCCGGGAAGUUGAGCGUCUUCCUCCGCUGCUCGAGGACGAGGAGAAUGUUUCUCUGGCUGAUAUUCUGUGUCUGAGGGAUAGCGGGCUGUCGGAGCAGGAGUUGUGGGCGGUGUGUGUGGAGUGUGUGCAUUCUCUACAGAGCAUCGCCCUCUCUCCGCUCUUUCACACCCUCUGCGUAACGCCCGACACGCUGGCCUUCAACGCUCACGGCAACGUGUGUUUCAUGGAACAGCUCAACGAUGAUCCUGAAGGCUGUUUCGUUCCUCCAGAGUUGGAUAAGACUGGAAGCACAUUUGAGGGUCACAUGUUCUCAUUAGGCUCCACCCUCUCGGCCGCGCUGGAUUUCAUCACGGAUGUGGAGCUGCAGGUGGAGCUGAGCGAAGAGAGCAGGUGUUUGCUGAAGCAGAUGCAGCGAGAGAAACCUGACGAUCGACCACGACUCCAGGAUAUUCUCUCUCAGGCGGAGGCUGUACUCGGUGAAGUCUCGCCCACAACCGUUUGCCGGAAACUCUCUGCUAUUGGCCGAAGAGUUCUGUCCAUAGAGUCCGUCGCUAAUUUCCAAGAUGUAUCCAAUUUCCAUUUUCUGGAUUACAAAGCUUUAAGAUCAAACUCCAUGGAGAAUCACACCAGCGAUCGUACCAUGAUCAGAAACUACUCGGCCGAUUCAUGCGACGGGGAGGAGCUGCUGCUGAAGCGCAGGGGUCUGGUCUGUAACGGAUCGCCUUGGUCCGGAGCUUCGGUUGGACUCAGGGAAGAUGAGCCUUCGCCGGACAGCCGGUCUCAGAACAGUUCUCCAGUGCACAGGAGGAGUCAAGAGAGGAGGCCUGGGAGAGCGAAGAGAGCCCUCAACCGCUCCUGCUCCGUCCCAGACUCCAACAACCCUCCGGCGUUCAGUCCUCCCUCGCACGCACCCAUCAGCAUGCUGGUGGCUGACCUCUCCGAGAUCACAGAGGACGAGAGCAUGCCAGCCGGCUGGAGCGGGAGACUGCGUCGGGCCAAACCAGAACAGGCCACGAGGAGUUCAGACUCAGGUGGAGAGGAAUUAUGUGUCCCGUCUGUAGAUGCAACAGUCGAACCUGAUGCACACGAGACAGAUCAGAGCGGCGCUGGAGACACUCAAACCCCGACAUCUCUGGAAGACGGAGAAACUUACGCAGACGCUGGUCUGUGCAGCUCUAACCACAUGAACAAAUCUAUAUUGUGCCUGAAUGAGGAAUAUCAGAAUGAGUGGAUGUCCUUGCGGGAGCUGCUGUCGCUCUCUGCUCGGCCUUUCUCAGUGAAUGAGCUCUGGGCUUUAUGCUACACGUGUCUCUCCACGCUUCAGACAUACAUCGACCUCCCAGAUUAUCUUUGUCUGGACUCUGUGUAUGUGGGCAGUGAAGGAGAGAUGCUGUUUUUGAGACCAAAAAACUCAGUCUCUUGUGAUGCAUUUUUCCUGGCUCCUGAAUUUCAAGAACAUGGAAUUGUGACGGAAAAGGCAUGUGUGUAUGGGGUAGCAGCUGUCCUCUGGGCUACAGCCAAGUUUAAUUUAUCUCCUAAUCAAAAGCUGGCCAUGCCGAGAAAACUCAAGAGACUUCUGCUUGAGAUGGCCAAAAGAACUCCAAUCGAAAGACCUUCUAUUGAAAUGGCCAAAAAGUGUUGCUGUGACUAUCUCUACCGCCAGGGAACUGAUGCAGAGAGUGUGUGGACGCAGCUCAUCAGCCGAGUACACCAGGCAUUCGAUGGGAAUAGAGGUACAGAGGAAUCAUCUUCUCCUGAGUGUGCUGAAAACCCCUCUGACCCACACUUGGGAGAAGUUAAGACAGGUUUUGUCCCGUUGGCCUGCGAGGGCAGGUUGGACCCUGUAAUUGGUCCUGUUCCUCAUAAUUACCCAGUAUCCUCCACCACCAUCAGUCUGCCCGAGGCCUUCACCUCUCCUGCUACACACUUCAGCCCUAUAGUACUGACCCAGGAGGAGGUCAUUCAUCAAAACACCCUGACUCGCCCUCAGUCCGAGCUGAUUGUCAGUGGACGCAUCACAGAUGAAACUAUGGUUCCAGAGCCAGAAGAACAGGAAGAGAACGACACUGAGGAUGAUGGGAUUGGGGGAGUUUUCUCUAAGGCGGAUGUGGCCGGUUAUUCAUCAUCAUCCAGUUGUAAGACUCUUGUGAUUUCACCGCCUCCAGUGAUUCCCCAAAUAACCAAUGAAGAAAUGGACAAACAGCCAAACUACCUCGCCCUACCAUGUGAUAAUGGGAUUUGUAACAAUUUCCUGCUACAGCAAGACCCACAGACAGGACAUCUGACCCUACUUCCUGUUCAGAUCGCCGAGCUUCAGCCAAUCACAGGCGUGGAUCACUUCAGUGCAGAACCACUAAACAUGAAACUACCAAAUCCUUUAUCUUCUGUAAAAUCAGACGACACUAUCAGGAAUGAAAGAGGCUGUGUUUCCCACAGAGAUAAUGACUCUACAGUGUCUCCUGAAAGGGCUCUAAAUAUUACAGUUCAAGCCAACACUGCUCCUCACUGUAUGAGUCACACGUUGACCCUGUCAACUUCAUGUCAGAGAUGCCCGUGCCUGCAGCGUCUCAUUGACCUCCUCAGAGAAGAGUUUGCAUUUGACGGCUACAUGGAGAAUGGAGUCGAAGAUCUGGCUAUGGGAGAAUACAUCUUUUCCUUAAAAAACCUCCGGUUUGACACUUUUUGCCGAGCAGUAAGGGAGAAAUUCUGCGAUCUGUACUGGGAGCAGAAGCUGCUGUGUGACCUGCACCAUCUGAUUAACCACCGUUCAUGUCAUCCAGUCUCUGAUGAACAACCCUCCUCAAAAGCAGUGAAAAGGGCACCAGUAUUGCUCCAGAGCACCAGACUGUGUUUUUCCAGCGAGGAAAACGGUCAUCUUGACCACAGUGCAAACCUCUGCUCGGCCCAGCCUUCAGAUCGACACACAUUAGAGGAAAACAAGCAGAACCACAUCAAGAAAGAACUGAAAUGCAAACUGGAUGAAUUAAAAUGCAGAGAAACAGUAGACGGAUUUGAGCCUGAGGAGAUUGAGACCAGGACUGCAUGUUGGAGAGGAGACACACAGGAAGUGACAUCACAGGAUGACAGCACAGAGGUGAUUGAGCGCGUCUCGUCUGUCCUGAUGGAGGCGCAGUGCAGCACAGCUGCAGGAGGAGGCGCUGCUGAGUGUGUUUGUGGAGCUGAAGCCCUGUGGCACAGCAGCGAUCUGGAGGAGAGCGGAGGCGAUCGGCUCACUCCUGACUGCUCCGAGGUGGACAUGGACGAUUCUGAGUCUCUGAUCUCUGACCGGACCCUCUCCGUCUGCAGCGACCCUCAGCGGCCCCCGCGCGCCUCCUCCUGGGCUCUGGCUCUGUACGGAGACGACUGCUUCGGUCAGGACGUGCUGAAGUACGCUCAGAAUCUCAGCCGUCAUAGUGAAUCACCCACACUAGAGGACAAGUCACAGGACCCACAUUACGUAGAGCCAGAAUUUCACCAGGAGCUUCACCAACAGCUGAUAAUUGAGAGCAGAAAUCUGAAAAAGACCAGAAAUUUCUACCACAAGCUGAUCCAGCAAGAGAGAAAAAACAAAGGUUCAGACGCAAAGGUGAUGGUGUCGAAAGUCAAGCUGCAGUUUGACGAGCUCAGAGACAAAGUUGAGUUUCUACAUACUGUGAAGAAAUAUCUCCAGGUGUUAUCCGUGGAUCAGUGGGGUUUGGCGCUCUCUCUGCUGCCCUCUCUGGCUGCGUGUGGAGCUGCACCUCUGGAGCUGCAGCACUCUGAGGAUCCUGCAGUGCUGCACUUCCUGUGUGAGAGACGCAGGGGGAACGGCUGCCCACUAGUGGCCGCAACUGCCAGAGGUCUAAUGGCUUACCUGUAUGCCAGGAGCGCUCACUCUGAGGGAUUUAUUCAGCAGUUUUUCUACACAUAUCGUUACUUUUGCACCCCUGAGGAGCUUCUGCAGUUUCUAAUGGACAAGUAUAACAGCACACUGGGAGCGAGUGAAGAUCCCUCAUCAGACAGUACAAAAGUGUAUCAGCGCACUCUGGAUUUAUUACACUUCUGGAUUGGAGACGGACAGUCAGUGGACUUCAGCUCCGACUCCUGCCUUCUCCACACGCUGGAAUCUUUCCUGACCUCUGAGGUAUCACCCGUUGACAGUCGUGGAGAGAGUUUGCUCGUAAUGCUCCAGGCCACACCCAGGAAGAGGCGUGUCUAUGGCCUGUCAUGUGCCGGCGACGCCUCCAUCAGCAGUCCAGAAGAUGAGGAGAUGCAGUCAGUUCCCUCCUUAUGUAGGAAAUCAUCCAUCGAAGAUGCUGCUCGAAAGAGUUUCCAGUGGCGUGUGUCGCGUGUGGUGGAGCCGCAGACGGCCGUGUCUAAAGAGAAAUCCUUCUCCAUCGCUGCGGCCCUUCCUCGGCCGUGUUACGCCUCGCUGAUGAGUCAGCUGUCCAACACGAGUCUGAGAUCAGAGGAGAGACUUGGCUUCAGUGAGACUGAACACACGCCGCUACACAUCGCACAGCAGCUCACCUUACUGGAGCAGGAAAUAUUUCAGGACUGUCAUCCAGUUCACUUUCUGAACUCGAGAGCACAUGGGGUGGCAGAAAACUCCAGAAACAUUUCCAGGUGUAUGUCUCUAGAGGGCAGCAGUCUGUUCCUGAGGGACGUGUCGGGGCCCGAGGGGCCGCUGCAGAGACUCAUCACAUACGCAGACUGGGUCACCAACUGGGUUUCUGCUGAACUAGUCAUCUGUGACUCGGUCAAGGCACAGACGGCUUUACUCACUCGGUUUCUUGCUGUUGGCAAGUACUGCUACGAGACAAGAAACUUUGCCACCGCCAUGCAGAUUUUGUCGGGGCUGGAGAAUGUGAUUGUAAGGCAAUUACCGGCGUGGAAGCAGCUGUCGGUGAAGGUGUGCGAGGUUUUGGAGGAGCUCAGGGCUGUGCAGGUCUUUCUGAAGAGUGAUAAUCUGUGUCUGAUGGAGGGAGGGAAGCGUCGAGGGCGGCCGACUCUCCCAGACGCUCACAUCCUGGCCAUGCACGUACAGCAGCUGGAGAUCGGCGCGUUCACCAUGACCAGCGGAUCAUACAAGUGGCCCAAACUGAGGAACAUUGCGCGUGUGGUCAGUCAGAUCCAUGCGUUUCAGGAGCAUCUCUAUUCCUACCCUCCUGACCUUGAGCUGCAGUCGUACCUGCGUGGGCGAAUUGCACGAUUCAGCAAGUGUGACGUCCCCCUCCUCGCCUCCGACAACGAUGCCAACUUCAACCAGACGGCCAGCGAUCGCUAUGCACACAGGAUCCAGGACACACUGCGCAGAGUCAAAGCCUCGUUUCAGUGACCGAACGAGCGCAGUCCUAAAGCGAGAUGGCACAGAUGUGGACGCAAACCACCUGUGAAACUCAAGCCGUAUCAUGUCGACUCUUUACGGAUACUAAUGAGGAAUUCUGUGCCAGAAAACAUAGAUACUGGGAUUGCACAGGACGUGAGUGUUUUAACUGAUGGAUUUCCUCAUUAAUAGGACUUGGUUACGCAUCUUUACCAGCCUUCGCUUCAGUAUAACAUGCUCAUACAAACCAGUUUCCGUUUGAUGAAUGGAUGGUUCACUUUAAAGGACAAAGACUUUAAUCAAGUUUUUUGACAGCUACACAACCAAAUAAUUUAGUCUGGUUAUAUAUAGAUUUAUUGAUGAUAAUUAUUGAGAAAUGAUUAAUUAUAUUAAUACAUUUUAGUUAAGAUUCAACCUUUUGAAAUCGAGGCGCUUGAAACUCCUCCAGAGAAUAGAGAAAAGUAUUAUACUUUUAAAAAUAGACUAUAUUUCUACACCGUGGUAAAGUAAUCUUAGAAAACUGACAUAUUUUGUGCAUAAAUUUGAGUAUAAUUUAACUUGUUGCAUUUGCAUCUCUCCAUUUUGUAAUGUUCUUUAAAUUGGGACACUUUUGUCAUUUCCCUGUUUUAAAGUUCACAUGCAUAUUAUUAUGCGUCUUACUCAUUAGAAUUGAACUUAACAUGGUCCCUCUGAGUGAAAAUUAUUUCUGCCUGAUUUAUUCCCUGUCGUAACAGCCCUAUAUUUUAAAGAGGACCUAUUAUGCUCUUUUUGGGCUCUACUAGAACAGGUUUUCAUGCUUAAAUGUUCAUUAUUUUCCUCAUAUUCUCUAUUGUUGCAGCUCCUCUCUUCCCAGUCUGUCAGUAACACUCUGUUUAGUUCCUGUCUCUAUGAAGCCCCUCAUUCUGAAAAGCACAAUGUGCUCUGAUUGGUCAGUUGGAGCAGUGUGUUGUCAUUGGUCAAGCGCUUCAAGCGUGUUUGGGAAAUGUCCCACCCCUUACCAUAACCGUCAGUUUCAACACACUACUAACUAACUCAAUCAGGCCCCGCCCCUUUGUUCUGCGUAUGAAUUAUUUAAAUGAGCAAUAUUGUGACAUGUUCCCGGAAGAAAACUCAAGACUACAAUGGAGGCGUUUCAGGGAGUUCAGAAACAGUGACACUGAUAUAGAGAAUAACUCCUGCUGGAGGGACUUUGGAAACGUUUUUCAUGCUCAAACAGCAACAUUACACACUAAAGACAGAUGUAAAAAAGCAUAAUAGGUCCUCUUUAAGAAAACCUUUGGUUUGAAUUGUAAGCAUAUUAUCAAUAAGGAUUUUCCUAACUUAAGGUGUUUGUUGUAACUGGCUCCUGAUCUUUUGUUAAUGUAGUCACUCUGGAUAAAAGCGUGGCUUAACCAAUAAAUGUAAAUAUACCUGA